GUCGCAGGCAGGGGUUGGGGGAGGAGGAAACCCUAUUGACACCGUGAAAUUGCAUUAAACAUGCCAUUCUUCGCUCCAAGGACUUUCACGCUUCCCAAACUCUCUUCUACUCGCUGGAUGGAUGCCGCCCGGCACAGAAGUUAGAUGCAGCAAACUCACAAGAGGUGUCUUCAGCAUCUUUCGUCCCACGGAUAAACGGCCUUAUUUGUAGCUGCCAUCAUCGCACUACCAUUUUUAUGACAGUGGUCUCAUGAAAUGCGGAUAUAUUGAUGCGUCUUACUUUUCUUGUCAGGAAACAGAACUUGAGAAAAAGUGCAUAACCAAAAGAUUUCAAUAAAGCAGGACUACGGUUUUUGCUCCGGAUAAAGAACUUCUAAAAUGCACUUACUUGGAAUAUCUGUUCUCCUGGCCUAUUCAGCGUUUAUCUACACCAAUCUAGCCAGUGAAUCGAAUCACGAAUUCAGUCAUGACUAUUAUGAUUAUGAUCUGGAUCAAGGAGAUGAACCGGAACCGUCUGAGCCAGACCUUGAGCAGCGGCUACGCUCUGUGGCAAGUGUUGAUGAGCUGAUGAGGAUAGUGUACCCCGACUACUACUCCGUGCUCAAGUGCCGCUCAAAACGGGGCACACGCUCGCCUAUAAGAGGAGAACAAACAGUCGGGGAUGCGCAUUCGAAUGAUGAACAGCCCGGGUUCGCCGCAGCUUACUUCAACUUUGACAUACUGAAAAGUAUUGAGUCAGAGUGGAGAAAGACCCAGUGCAUGCCACGAGAAGUUUGUUUAGAUGUGGGGAGAGAGUUUGGGGCGGCUACAAACACCUUCUAUAAACCACCCUGCGUGUCUGUCUACAGAUGUGGGGGCUGCUGCAACAGCGAGGAGCGACAGUGCAUGAACAUCAGCACCUCCUACGUCAGCAAGACGCUGUUUGAAAUCACAGUUCCUGUCACCAAGCCAGUAACCAUCAUCUUUGCCAACCACACCAUGUGCAGCUGUCUGUCCAAACUGGAUGUCUACAGACAAGUUCAUUCCAUUAUACGGCGAUCUCUACCAGAAUGUCCGGUAGCCAAUAAAACCUGCCCAAAGAACUACAGCUGGAGCAAUCGCUUGUGCAGAUGUGUGGUAGUCCAGCGCGACACUCCUCCUCCGCCCCCUACACAACACUCGGACUCAUUUGAAGGGAACAUCUGUGGGCCAGGUAAGGAGCUGGACGAGGAAACAUGCCAGUGCGUGUGCAGACGACAGCUUCGGACCUCGGAGACAUGCGGGCCCCAUCGCUACCUGGACAAGGACACGUGCCGGUGUGUGUGCAAGACACCGCCGUCAUCCUGUGGGCCGCACCGCGUCUUCAAUAAAGACACGUGCCAGUGUGCCUGCGCCAGGAUGUGCCCCAGGCACCAGCCUCUCAACCGUACAAAGUGUGCCUGCGAGUGUAACGAGUCCCCAAACCGGUGCUUCCUGAAAGGCCGAAGGUUCCAUCAGGCCACCUGCAGUUGCUACAGACCACCUUGUGAUGUGCGGAAGAAUCGGCGCUGUGAAUCGGGAUUUUACUUCAGCGAAGAGGUCUGCCGGUGCAUACCAACAUACUGGAGAAGACUGGAUUAACUCUGAGUUCACACAACGCAGCUGACUAGCCACACGAUUAUAAUGAUUAUAAUCUAUUAUAAUAGCCUCAAUGGUGUGGUGAAGUACCAAGCCUACAAAAGGUUGAAAAGGAUGAAAAGGACACAGGUUCUGGGCAACUGUGGAAUUAUGCAUUUCCUUUUGGUGCCAAUCUUGGACACAGACACCAAACAUCCCAAGAGGAUUUCACAAAAGACUGAAGCCCUUAGGGCUUUAUUUUUUACAUUUUUCAAAUUGUUUUGUUCUUGCUAUGUCGGAUAUUGAAGUAUAUAAUUUAUUGCCACUAAAUGUUUCGUAACUUUCUUGUAUAUUGUAAUUUCAAUAUUUGCAAGAAAAUACACUGUGAUCAAUAUUUUUGUAUCAUGUGAUGUCUCUUUAAAAUAAAAGUUGUAUAAUGUUAACUUAUUCCUAAUCUACUUUAUCAUAUUCGUAAUUUACUGUAAAUAGUUCAUGUUCACAAUUAUUUUACCAUUAUUAUGGCAGACUAUAUUUACGCAGACUAAAAUGUUAUAUUAAUUUUUAUAUUAAUGUAAGACAGCAUGUCCUUUAUGAAGUGCCAUCAACCACAUAGUCAUACAUUUAUGUUAGAUACUUGAAAAUAUGCUUUAUGUCACAUAAGUCAGCCGUCUCACAAGCAGAAGUUUCAUUGGGUUCUCAGUGCUGUGGUCAAUAUCACAAGGGUUUUUUUCUGAUGCAAGUGAUCAUAACGGUUGGAGCACAACAUUGGUCCUUAAUUAUGAAAUGAUGGAGGUUCUGUAUUGACAACUGACCAGCAGGAGUAAAGGAAUUAUGGAGAAAAAAAGGCCACUAAUCUGAAGAUGAUCCAUGGACAUUUGUGUAUGAAAAGAUGGAUCCUGCCCUCUGAAAGAAAAAUACUGUAGACAACACCAAACAACCCAAAUAGAUAUGGAGCAGAAACUGCAGUCCAAACUCACGGGAAAAGUGAAAAGACAUUUGAGAUACAUGAACAAAGGUGGAGCUAACAGUUAAAUAAGCAUCUCCAACAAUAUGGGUUUAAACAAGGUCAAGUCUUUGUGCUGAAGUGUCAUUGUUAUGAUGUAGAUGUAUUUGUAUUGUUCCCAUGUUUUUUUACUGGAAAAUAAAUCACCAAUUUGGCAAGGAACACAGC